UUACCUGUUAUUUUUCAUUCUGCGAAGGCUUAAUCAGGAACACAUUGCUAUAACUUCCUGUUUCACUUACAUUAUUUGGCUGUUUAUAAACAAUUGGGAAAGCAUGCCAUGCCAAAAGCACAUGCUCAUUAGGACGUUGAUACAUUUGUAAUAGUAUUUCUCCUUAAUCCUCGGCUGCUUUGUACUCUUCCCCGGGUAGCAGUGACUGGGAAAUGUACCGCAGCUCCCCGUUGUAUAUGCGGGUUCGAGCUCAAUAUAGGCAAUGGUUUGCGACAUCCCGGUUAUAGUCUGGCGUCCUGCAGAGGGCUUGUGGAUAUUCACGUCUUUGGAUAUCCCCCCAAACCCCUCCCUCCUCUCUGUCUCUCUCUUGGUCUCCCUCUCCUCGCCUCUCUCUACGUUGUGUGUUCCGUGGGUGCUCAGCCAUCCUCAAACGCGCUCGCCUUUUCUGUGGGAGAAUCAGAGGAGCCCGAUGGCCCCCCGCGCCGGAGAGACUGCGCUAACCAGACGCUCCAGCGUGCAUCCGCGUCCCAGCCUCCCCGGCGCAGAGCGUUCGUAGCACAGGCAGGAAACUGCGAAGCUUUAUUCGGAGCGCAAUUUAGCUUUUCGUUUUUGCUUUCUCGUCGGCUCAACAAGAGGGGAAAGGGGAUGAUGAUGUACUCGACAUGGUUGAUUUCUCUUUUGUUCAUCUAUGGAUUGAUGGAUGUCAUUCACACCAGAAAUGGGGACUCCCGGAAUGGAAACGCCUUGUCGAGCGCGAAGAGCCUCCGAGACACCAGCCGAUUCGCGGGGAAGGAGGACACGGUGCCGAUGCGCCUGGUCUACAGCCGGCUGAAUCACAGCCAGAUCAGCCACGACCAGCUCACCACCCGGAUCAGGGCCACCGGCCCCAGCCCCGCGCAGGUGAACCACGUGGCCCAGGCCAGCUUCCAGGUGGACGCCUUCGGGAGGACGUUUAUCCUGGAUGUGGAACUCAACCAUGAUCUCCUGUCUUCAAAGUACGUGGAGAGGCAUUUGUCGGAAAAUGGAAAAGCAGUCAUCACCAAGGGCGGGGAGCAUUGCUACUACCAGGGGAAGGUCCGCAACGUUCCAGACUCCUUCGUGGCCCUCUCUACCUGCCAUGGACUCCAUGGUAUGUUCUUUGAUGGGAAUCACACCUACAUGAUUGAGCCCGGAGGACAGAGCAGCACCAGUGGAGAUGUACAAAUCCACUUGAUCUACAAAUCUGCUGGACAGGAGGGACUGGUUGAUCUCCUCAAUGGUGAUCUUCCAGAGCCCCCCUUUCCCAGUCCUCCGUUUCCAGGGUCCAGGACUGGACAAAGAAGAAGGAAGAGACAGGCCCCUCGUGAGCAGCGCAGUGUGGAAGAGGAGACCAAAUACAUUGAGUUGAUGGUGAUUAAUGACCAUCUCAUGUAUAAGAAGCAUCGUCUUUCUGUUGGACAGACAAAUAACUAUGCAAAGUCAGUGGUCAACAUGGCUGACAUGCUCUUCAAGGAACAGCUAAACACACGCAUAGUACUGGUUGCCAUGGAAACAUGGGCCGCUGACAACCGGUUCAACAUCGACGACGACCCCAUGGUGACCCUCAAGGAGUUCAUGAAGUACCGCCGAGACUUCAUCAAAGAGAAGUGUGACUCGGUGCACCUUUUCUCUGGGAACCGUUUCCAUAGCAGCUGGGGCGGAGCUUCAUAUAUGGGCGGAGUUUGCUCCCUUACUAAAGGAGGCGGAGUCAAUGAGUAUGGGAAAACAGACGAGAUGUCUAUCACCCUCGCCCAGUCUCUGGGACAGAACAUUGGAAUCUUCUCGGACAAGAAGAGGAUUCUGAACGGCGAGUGUAAAUGUGAAGACCGCUGGUCAGGCUGCAUCAUGGAUGAUGUUGGCUUCUACCUCCCGAAGAAGUUCUCUGAGUGCAACGUGGAGGAGUUCCACAACUUCCUUAACAGUGGGGGAGGAGCCUGUCUCUUCAACAAGCCCCUGAAGCUCCUGGACCCUCCAGAAUGCGGUAAUGGCUUUGUGGAACCAGGGGAGGAGUGUGACUGUGGAAGCCCAGUGGAGUGUGCCAAGGAAGGGGAGAACUGUUGCAACAGGUGCACCCUGACUCAGGGCUCCAAGUGCAGUAAUGGGCUGUGCUGCAGCAGCUGCCAGAUGGAGUUCAUGGGUGUGGUAUGCAGAGAGGCAGUGAACAACUGUGACAUCCCAGAGAAUUGCACGGGUAACUCCAGCCAGUGUCCGCCCAAUGUCCACAAGAUGGAUGGUUACACCUGUGAAAAAGACCAGGGUCGAUGCUUCAACGGACGCUGCAAAACCAAAGACAGACAGUGCAAGUACAUCUGGGGAGAGAAGGCCAUGGCCGCCGACAAGUUUUGCUACGAGAAGCUCAACAUUGAAGGCACAGAGAAGGGCAACUGUGGGAAGGACAAGGACACCUGGAUCCAGUGUAACAAACAAGACGUGCAUUGUGGGUAUCUGCUGUGCUCCAACAUCUCCCCAUCCCCGCGGCUGGGAGAGCUGCACGGGGGUCUGACGUCCUUCUCCGUGGCCCAGCACAGUGCAUCUCUGGACUGCAGCGGGGGCCACGUGGUGAUCGAUGGAGACACUGACCUCGGCUAUGUGGAGGACGGGACGGCGUGCGGCACGGACAGCAUCUGCUUCAACCACAAGUGUCUCCCCCUCCAGCAGUUCAAUUUCAGCACCUGCCCCGGCACCACGGACAAGAUCAUCUGCUCGGGACACGGGGUGUGCAGCAGUGAGCUGAAGUGUGUGUGUCACCUGGGAUGGACCGGGGAGGACUGUAACUCAUCCUCUCCUCUCAGCUACCUGGUCGUGAGACCCACUGCCACUACUUCAGGUAUCACCACUACCAACAUCAUCAUAUGGGCCUUUGCAGGUUCUAUUCUCUUCCUCGGCCUAAUCCUGGCUAUAACGGCCUGGCGCUACAAGAGCUACAGGCAGAAAAGAUAUGUUGAAUCUGAAGUUCACCGAAGAUUUUGCCGGCAAAUGCCGGCCGGGGACUACGUCAAGAAGCCCGGAGACCCCGACUCGUACAGCGAUGGGCCCCCGGGGGUCAGCACCAACUCUGGCUGCAGCUCCAAGAAGAGGUCCGCCUGUCUGUCUCACCUGCAGAUUUGCACUCCGUCCUUCACCCACUCCAUCCGCUCCAUCCCCCAGAGCAUCACGCCUUUUGUGUUCAGAUCUAACGGUUUGUCCCACUCCUGGAGCGAGAGGAUUCCCGACGCCAAGCACAUCUCUGACAUCUGCGAGAACGGGCGGCCGAGGAGCAACUCCUGGCAGGGUAAUCUGAGUGGUCAACGCAAGAAGAUGAAAGGAAAGAAGUACCGUGCCCGCUCCAACUCCACAGAGACUCUGUCUCCUGCCAAGUCUCCCACUUCCUCCACAGGGUCCAUCGCGUCCAGCCGCAGGUACCCCUACCCCAUGCCACCGCUCCCCGACGACAAGAGGAAAGCCAACAGGCAGAGUGCCAGGCUGUGGGAGACCUCAAUAUAACAGCCGGCGUUGCCCUCUCUGAUCUGCAGAAGUCGGUGAGAACUACCUUGUUCUGCCUACCUUCUUUUGUUUUUCUAUGGAUCAAGACUUCCUGACUGGACAAUGAGAGUGUGAGCGCGCCCCAGCGGAACAGAAGGAUAAUCCCAGGUUCAUGUGUAUUACUUUCUGCAAGGACCUGUUUAGUCUGACUUGCUAAACAGCAGCAGGCAGCAAUUGUCCAUACAUUGGACGUCUUUGAGAUGAGAGAACCUCGGCUCCACUUCUGACCCGCUGGAGGUCAGGUCAGACUGAGCUGCUCUUGAGGGCUCAGGCCUUCAGGACCGGACAUACCCCCACCAUCCAGCCCGUCUCCUCCUUGCCCCUUACCCCCAACACGCUUCUGUGGCCCUGGCGCUUACUGACAACCCCAGCAGUUCCCCGGUGAUAUCCACACUUAACUCUACACUUUUAUUGGCUUUCCUCUCAAAAAGGAGGCGGAACCAGGAAACAGGUCAACCUAUCUCCGAUCCAAAUGGAGACAUUUCAAAAGCACGCAAACCGCUGUAGACAAAUCCAACAAUGUAUGCAUGAGAUAACUUUGUUUAUAGACAACCUCCGUCUAUUGUCGAAGAAAGGACAAGAGCGCUGGUACGACCUGGAUGGAAAGCAUGCAGAGGAGCAGGGAUUUUAUACCUAGCCGUUGACGUUUCCUCUUCAAUGUGUAGGCUGCCACUUCUCCUUCAUCUAUCACCAACUCUCAAUGUAUCAAUAAUCAUCAUAGCUACCUUGUUUCGAGAAGACAGACCCCAACUUGCUCACAUCCCGCUGCCACACCUUGCGGGGUCCGCUCAGUGAAUAAUCGGUGUAAAUAUGUACAGUUAAAUACAUACCAUGAUAAUGUUGUUUUCUUUUUUUAUUAAGGAUAAGGGGAUGCGGAUGUGCGUCCUCUCCCUAUUGCUCAUAUUGUGUUGUGUCAUAAAGCGGGAAGGUUGGUGGGGUUCCUGGGGGUUUUCCCCAGGCUAUCAUACCCUCCUUAUGUCUGUGUGUUUGUUUUUUAACCCUGCAGAACCUCAUUCCUCCUCCAAUGUACCCCCCCCCCUCCGCCCCAAGCUUUCUCCAUCCACAGCAGAAUGUAACAGUGUCUCAUCUCAGUCUAUUACAUCCUUCUCGGGGAGAUAUGCUUAUACGUGACACAGAUGUGCUCAGCCCUCAUUGAUCAAAUAGCUGCGAGGGGCAUGUCCUAGCACAUGAACAGUGUUAUGGCGAAGCUUGUAAAGCUUUCUUUCUUUAAUUUGUUAAACUAAGUAAAACCGUUUAAAUGUGGUCUUUCUGUGGGCGAUAAAGGGCGAAAGAUGUGUUUUUGGUAAAAGUUGUAGAUGUGAACGUCACAUUUUAGUCUUAUUCACUUGGUGAUGGACGAUUUUGCUCAGAAAUCUCACUUGGUUCAUGUAAAGAUGUGUUUCGUUUUCCUCCUGUUUCUACUUCUGGAUGGCAAGCUUGGCCGUUAUUAAGCCUUUACAACGUAGCAUUGGGAUCAGGGGAGGCCGCUUAGCUAAGUCAAAUUAUGACAAUUGUAAUGAAAUAACAUGGAAUAUUGACAUCUAAAAAUUUGCAUUUUGGAUUUUAUCUGCGAUGGCUUUGAUUGACCUAUGUAAAUGAUGAAAUAUGCUGUAUAGUGCUUGCUGUUUAAGCUUUUAUGACGACCAACAGAAUGACAGGGCAAUGAGCACAUCAUGUCCGUCCUCUCCUAGGCUACCUGCAAGACUAUUUGGGCUAAAAAAAAGCAUGUCAAUGAAAAUUUUUACUUUAUUAAAGUUGUCUUACCGUUUUUUAUACCACUGCACUGACGGUAAUUUACGACUAUUAAUAUAGUCUGCUCAAUAAUUCAGUCAGUCUGAAAUGGUUUAGGCUCGAUAGAACAUCCAGCCAUUGGUUUGGCAAAGACUAAAAACUCUGAAGAUAUUAGAGGUAAUAUAGUUUAUUUUGUUUGUUUAGAUGGGCAAACCAAGAUCCAUCACCAACCUGUCUUGUUCAGCUCCACGGCAUCGCCUUUCAUGUGCAUAAAUUGCCUUAAUGCUUCUUGUGCGUUCGUUCUGAUAUUUGUCUUUGUUUGAAGUUGCCCCUGUUCAUUUUAAUUUGUCAGCACUCUGACUGUAUAGCUAAUGUCCCCACAAUAUUGGAUUGAUAUUGUAACUGGGUGAAAGAUACCAUCUUUUUUCUUAAUUACCUUUAUAAUAUUCUCUUCUUUCUCAGUAUUAUGAACUGCAAUUAAUCUAACAUUAAUUAAAUGAAUUGCAAUAUUGCGCGUUCUUUGCAUUGGCGCGUUCUUUGCAUUGGCUAGUUUGGGUGGGAUUUGGUGAUUUGGGUCUUUAAGCACUAGUUGUGGAGUUGUCCCGUGGCUUUACUCUGGCUCGUGUCCAUCUGUAAGGUUCCACAGUAGGUGGAUGAAGGGAAGCAAUAGAAGCAUUGAGUAUAACAACCAUAACUGUACCGACAGGCUCCUGUAUUGUCUUUCUUUUGCUACAAGAGCUUUCUUUUCAUUAUUGAAGUGUGUGACGAGUAAGAGGAACACUGCAGCAAUAUAUUCAACGUAGUGUGGCAACAACAAACAAUGACCCUUUUCUCUGUCGUUGGCCAACAGAUAUUGUGGCCAAACCAUUUUCAAAAUUGCCAUGGUUUCAUGUCUUUGAACUGUAGUGGUAGAGAAUAGAGACAACCGUGCUAAAUCCACUCACUAAUAAGACUGUCCUGCCUGGAGGUAUCCAACAGGACAACUGUGAUUUCCUUCUCCCCUACGGAGACACAGCAGACAGCCAGGCAGACGUUCGGCAUUCAUCAGUACACUUGAGCUCACCAACUGCCAAGCUGAACUUCCAUCCAACGCGUUCAGAGCUGAUCCUCAUCCACAUUUACUAGAUGUAAUAGUUUCAGAUCUAGCUGCACACCUGGUAUGGUUUUAGUUUGGUUUGUUUAAAUGUUGUUUUUGCGUUCUGCUGUACAUAAAUUGACAAUGCAAAUGCCCAUAUUUUUUUUCUCUUAAUUAUUCAGUAUUGUAAUAUAUUUAAUAUAAAAUAAAACUUUAAACAACAUGUCCUUGUUGUUUGAAAUGUCUGUGCCCUCAUCUGUAUAAAACAUUCAGGUUUGGAAUUAUUAAGAUAUGUUUAAUGGAAGCCCAGGAA